AUGUCUAAAGCUAUUUUCUGGAAUGCUAGAGGCGCUGGUAGUGAUAAAUUUAGGUCUGAUGUUUCAGAUCUUAUUCAGAUUCAUAAAGUUGAUAUUAUUGCCAUAUGUGAACCUCGAGUUCAAUUUUCAAAAGCUGAAAAAUGUUUUGAGAAAUUAGGUUUCUCUGAUCAUAAAAUCAUGGAAGCUACUGGGUUUUCAGGUGGUAUUUGGCUCUUAUGGGACAAAUCCAAGCUUUCUGUUGAUGUGAUUGAUGUUCAUUUUCAGGCUAUUACUGCCAAGAUUAAUUUACCUGGGGCUUCUACUUGGAUUCUAUCUAUUAUUUAUGCUAGUCCUACUUAUUCCAUGAGAGCUUCUUUAUGGGGAUAUUUGGAGAAUUUAUUUGCUGCAACUGGUCUUCCUUAUGCUCUCAUUGGUGAUUUCAAUGAAUUACUUGACAGUUUUGCUAAAAAUAUGGGAUCUCUUGUUGGUCGCUUUGGUGGUUUAAGAGAUUGGGUUAACAGGAAUGGUAUCAUUGACAUUGGUUUCCAAGUCUCUACUUACACUUGGACCAAUGGUAGAAUCAAGGAAAGGUUGGAUAGAGGGUUAUGUAGCAGUGAUUGGAGGAUUGCAUUCCCUGAGGCUUUUAUCAAACACCUAGCUAAGAUGAAGUCUGAUCACUGUCCAAUUGCAACUUCACUCAAAUAA